UGUUUUGUAAGGGGGCCUAAGGGAAGAAAUGGACAGCAGGCAAGGAGACAACCAAGAAGCACAAGAAGACUGAGACCAAGGAGAUAAAUUAAAAAUAAGAGAGGGUGAAAAAAUAAAGGAAAGAGUCCAGAAAAGGUUGGGAGCUAAAAGUGAGAAGGCGAUUGAGUUUUGACGCGACUGAACAACAAACCGAAAGCUGUCUUAAUCUGAGAGGAUGAAGUUGGGCGAGAGGAAGGCAACAUUGCGGGCCAUCAGAGAUAACAUUGAGAUGGAGCUGUUCUCUUCAGAGGAACUCUGUGUGGUGAUCCCAGUGCAGGAGGAGGUGGAGGAGCACAUGUUUUACCAGAGACACCUGGAGCAUCCUCUGUUCCCAGACCCAGAGAAGGAAUCAGAGUCUGAGUCUGAGUCUGAGGUUCAGACCAGAACUAGAACUAGGCCCAGCCCAGAGCUUCCUGCAGGUGAAGUGACAAAGCACUACACCCCGAUCCCAGGCUUCAUGGAGGAAAUAGAGAUAGAAAUGGAGGUCUUUCCUCCCUUCAAAGUCUCAAAGAGUGAACGAGUGAAGGCAUCACAGCCAGACACUAUGAGCCUUCUCAAAUGGAGGAGAGCGACUCCGCAGAGGAGAGGCCUGGUGGUCAGGGACGUCGUCUGUCUGCCCGCGGCUCACGACCUGGCUCAGCCACAGCGACAGAUUGUUCCACACGAUGACGAAGGAGCUUCUCCAGGAACCGCGGCGAUAACUGCUCGCAUCACCAUCGACGACGGCUGGUCAAUCAGUCAGAUGGAGAGUCGGCUGGCCAUGCUUUUCAGAGGGAAGUUUGUAAGACGACCAGGACAAAGGUUCUCCUUCACAUAUCUGCAGUGUCUGCAGGGCUCCAGGGUUCUGUUUGUCCCAGAUCCCCCCGCAGAGGGCUGGACGACAGAGCAGGUGCUCAGUAUUUCCCAGCACGGCCCUUUGUAUGUCUUUGCUCACCUGGAGGUUCCUCAGGCAGAAUGUGAGAGGCCUUCGAGUGUGACACCUGCGCUCAACAGGGAGGAGUUUUGUCUCCAGUCCAACACAGAUGAAGACAAUCAGCCAGGAGAAGAGACGCAGCCUGACUGUGGCAGGACCACAGAGGAGUUAACGCUCGACCUGGACACUGUCCUGAGGCUGUUCAGGCAGGAGAACGUGGAUGGAGACGUAGAAACCCACGUCCAGGUGAGGAGGACAGAGCUGCUGCACAGCGCUCUGGAGUGGCUGAGGAACCCAGCCUUCUGCUUCAGGGCGACGCCCAUCAUCUCCUUCAGCGGAGAGGAGACCAACGGCCAUGAGGGGCCUCUCAGAGAAUUCUUCAGGUUGACUCUCCUCGAGCUGCAGCAAAGUUCUGUCUUCGAGGGUCAUCCAGGACGCCUGUUUUUGACCUACGACCUUGCCGCACUUGAAGGUGGGAAGUAUGCCGAAGCAGGCAUUCUCAUCAGCUGGUCUUUGGCUCAGGGUGGACCUGGACCUAGCUGUCUACACCCUGUCCUCUUCCAGCUGAUGUGUGGCCACAAUCCAUCAUUGGAAGAUUUUACAUGGAGAGACAUUACUGACACUAAAGUGCAGAGCCGACUGCAACAGCUGCAAAGUUACACAGACGUGAAGCUGCUGUCUCCUGCUAUGUGUGAGUGGGUGUCGAGCUGUGGGAUCCCUGGCAUCUAUUCUGACUAUUCUGAUGAAAUAUCAGACCUCUAUAUCCGCCUUGUCAAACACUACAUCUUCCACAGGGUUGCCAGUAUGAUCUCCCAGUUCAAGGCGGGCAUGAACAGUUGCGGUGGCUUGUGGGAUAUAGUCAUGUUGAACUGGAGGGUGUUUGUGCCGGCGAUGACGAGCGCACACCAGACACCUCUGUCCCUCUUUGGCGUCUGCUACAGCCGUCAAGGCUGUGAGCUGAGGGCAGCAGAGGAGACAACAGUUAACCACUGGGAAACGGUCCUCGACAUCAUCAGCAAUGGCCAGGCAGAUUUUUCUGUCAAAGACGUCCUCACCUUCAUCACUGGGGCCGAUCACCUGCCUCCUCAUGGGUUCCCCAGGGUAAUCUCCCUGCGUUUCUACACAGGGGAUGGUCUGCCCUAUGCCUCCACCUGUGCUCUGGAGCUCUUCCUGCCGAGGUCAGUGGUGCGGGCUGUGGAUCUCUUGGCGCUGCUGAGCAGAGCCGUACACAAGGCUCUGGGGUUUUCACGCGUCCAGAGAGGGGGAGACUGAGCCGAUUACUCCACACGAGAUGACAAGUCUGGGAACGGGAGGGUCUCCUGAAAACAUUUCCCCCUCUAGCUGACUCUAAGUAGCACCGUACCUGUCUGAGCAGCUAUUUGCUAUUUACAUUAGUCACUUGAUGAGACGUGUCGGCCAGGUUUUAUGUGUCAUUGUUUUUGGAGGUGGCUGUGUAACAGCAGCUUUGCAUGAUUUCUUUUGUGUCAGGGAAACAAUGUGUUUUAGAGCAGCUGGGAAUGCUGACUGACUGUGAUCAUAGCAAAGGACAAGGUGUGGAUCAGAUGAGAUGUCUUGACAGGAUGUUUCAACACCCUGCACAUGUUUUCCAUUGUGUUACUUUACGUCACUCUGUUUUGUACUUAUUUUAAUUAUUUACUGCAAAAAAGUAUUAAUUCUUAAGUCAUGGACCUCCAAUAUAUUUUCAUACUUGGCUA